AGCUUAUUUAUUUAUCCGACGACACCUGUUAUUUUGUCGGCUCUCUCUCUCGAGAACAUUCAUAUAUCGCUGAAAACUUUCAAACUUUUAAAUUUAAAAAUGCUUUUGGGUUUAUCUUUCUGGUGUGGCGCUUUGUGCUUUGUUAAUGUGCUGUGGUGGAGUGAAGCAAUGGAUUGCCAAGGAACUGCAAGAUAUAGGCUAACAUUCUUAGCCGAAUGGACGAGUCAAAAUCAUAGAGACUUUCCAUCUUGUUGCUUUCCUCAUUUCUCAGAUCUUAUCGGCUGUAGUCACAAUGCUUCUUAUGUGAUGUGGACUCCGGGUAUAUUAGCAACUCCUGGUGUUCAAAAUGUUGCUGAAUUAGGUAGAACUCUUGCACUUGAAAGGGAACUCGACGUUCAAAUACAAAAAAAGAACGUACACCGACGAUAUACUGGUGGUGGAAUAAACCGUGGAACUGGGUCUGUAUCCAUCAACAACAUUGAAGUUACUUCAAAUUAUUCAUUGGUAUCCUUCAUUUCCAUGAUAGCGCCAUCACCUGACUGGUUCGUUGGUGUUCAUGAUUUUGAUUUGUGUAAUGAAACAAGUGGACGUUGGCUCAACUCCAGAGCGAGAGAUUUACCGCUUUACGACUCAGGCACGGAUAGUGGAGCACGUUUCACAAGCGGCGACAAUAUCACAAGUCCUCCAGUAAAAAUUCAUUUGCUUACCAACAAUACCGAAGGUUCUUUAAAAGGUGAUACGCCUGUAAAGAGAUUUGGUACUUUUACCUUCGUCAAGACUUUCGACUCUUUUCCAUCCAUCAAACAAACUCCCACAUCAAACAUACCAACUAUAAGCACCACUAACUUUGCACAUUCUUUUCAACACCUUGAGCUCAUUAAUGUUAUUGUCCUUAGUGCCACAUUCGUCGUUUCGUUUGUAUGAAGAACUUGGACUUUGAUUUUGAACUUUUGCUACUUGCCCAUUUCUCUUGUAGGAUACGGGCAAAUUGCAGAUAAAAAAAUACCUUAUUUAAAUUUUUAAAGGCCUGCAAGUAUAAAACGUUUCUUCGUUUGUGGUGGAACACCAAGAAUUGUUUCUUCAAAGUUAUUUUACUAGCUAGUUAUCUUUACAAAAAAGAAUGUGUACAUUAUCUAAGAGUUUAAUAAUUUUUACAAAACUUA